AUGCCUACUAUAUCUCAUGCGAUAUAUACAGGCUAUGCACACAUACACAUAACACUGCAGAGACCUAUUUGUGCAGUUGUAGGCGCAACAGGCACAGGCAAAUCUCGGCUAGCUACCGCGCUUGCAGCAGCGCUUGGCGGUGAAAUUAUAAAUGGAGAUGCUCUGCAGGUCUAUAAAGGCGCAGAUAUUCUAACAAACAAGCCGUCUACAGCAGAACGUGGAGGGAUUCCACAUCAUUUGCUUGGGACAAUUGAUCGUAGCGAUACAUAUUCUGUUCAGCGCUUUGAACGAGAUGCACUUGAGAUUAUUGCACGUUUGCACUCAGUUGAACGGUUGCCUGUGCUUGUUGGAGGAACUCAUUAUUAUACACAAGCAGUUCUUUUUAAAAACACACUUUUAACAAAUCAGCAAAAUAUUGAGCACAGUUCUCCGUCUGGUUUCUCUGAAGUACCAAUUGUAGAUGAAAGAGACCCAAAUAAAGAUAUUUCAGGGCUUUCAUCCCUUUCAAAGCUUUCUUUGCUCUCAACAAGUGAAUUAUACGCGCGAUUAAAAGCAUUAGAUCCCGUUGUUGCACAGAGAUGGCACCCACACGACCGCCGAAGGAUCCAACGCAGUCUUGAAAUAUGUUUAUCGACAGGACAACGUCCUAGUGACCUCUAUCGUGCUCAAUGUAAAGCAACAGGAGUAACAAAUAAAGAUUCAACAAGUAUUUUUGCAUUGACAGACCAAGCUUCAGUGGAUGUUUCAACACAUGCUUUAGGGACCUCAAAAGAUAUUUGUUUGCCAUCAAAAAAUGUUUCUAUUACCCUUGAUAGUCCUUUUUGUGGUGAUUUUAAUGAUAAACUUUCAUCUAAUGGAGCAUCUGAAAAGAUUUAUACAAAUAUCACCAAUUCUUUAAAUAAUUUACCGAGUACAUCAUUUUCUAAGACUUUUUCUGCAGGUUUUGUUAGUUCUGAUUCCUAUAAAAGCAUUGAACAAACAAAUGGUAAACGUAACCGUUUCAAAGCAUGUAUAUUUUGGAUACAUCGUGAGCCAAAAAUGCUUGAUCAAUUACUGGACCAACGUGUUGAAGAAAUGUGUGCUGCAGGUGUGUUAAAUGACAUUCAGAUGCUUUAUUCAGAAUGGGAUGUCAAAAAUAAACAAAAUAAAGUAAAAAAAGGCUCGAAUGACACAAAAAAGAACUCAAAUGAUACAAAUAAUAAACAAAAAGAAAGUAUAAAAGACUAUGACACCAUGUUAGAUAUGCAGGAUGCCAAAAAUAAGCCACAAAGCAAAAUAGGAAUGUUAUAUAGCACAUUAGAAUCAUAUAAUGACUUUGAAAAUAUCCAGAAUAAUAUUCAAAAUAGUAAUGAAGAUAAUAUUCAUUAUGAUAUUUCAGAUAAUUUGCGAGGUAUUUGGCAGGCAAUUGGAUUCAGGGCAUUCUUGCCUUAUCUCGAGCUUCCUGAAGAUACUCUUCCAGAAACAAAACGUACAUGUUUUAUGCAUUCAGUAGCUGCAAUGCAGCUUGCAACUCGUCAAUAUGCACGGAAACAAGUCAAAUGGAUACGUAACAAAUUAUAUCCCUUAUGUCGUUCAUCUGGACCAGAUAUUCGAUUUUAUCUCUUAGAUGCGACUGAUCCUACACAUUGGGAAACCGAGAUACAAAAUCUUGCUAUUACACUUGCUUUAGAUUUUCUACACGACCGUCAAGGACCUGACCCUCUUUCCCUCAAUGCAGCAGCUAUGCAGCUGUUGGCACCAAAACCUAUACUCAAGUAGUUUUCUAACGGUAUUACCGUCUUUACUAGCUUUUUUUAACAUUAUAUGGUGUAGUUACGCAUUGCAAACAGAGCUUUGGAAGCAUUACGUUUGUGAUAUUUGCAAAACAUCUUCAGGCGAGCCUCUUGUUGUUAUUGGUCAGCCUCAAUGGUUGAUUCAUGUACGUGGCCGUCGCCAUCGCGCAAGACUUGUACGAUACGAGCAAAAACAAAAAGAAAUAAUACAGACAGAAAAAUUAACGACUAAAGAAAUUUAACAAAGCUUAUUAUACUUGAUAAUAUUUCGCAAUGUUGUUUUCACCAACACAUAUUC